GGAGAGGUGAAGGUGGGGACCAGGAGAAUAAAAGGAGGAGCUCUGGAGCUCACCUCAAAACCACACUGGAGAGAGCAGUCACCACCAUCUGCUGUCUCCACCAUGAAGCUGGUGACUGUGUUCAUGCUCAGUGCCCUCCCCCUUUACUGCUCUGCAGGUUCUGGCUGCCAAUUUAUUGAGGAUAUAGUUAGCAAGACAAUUGAUGCCUCCAUGUCCCCAGCUGAGUUUACUAAAGAUCUUGAAGCAUAUAUAGAGACUGAUGCUGAGGAAAACGCCUUUCAGAAAAUGAAGCAUCUGUUCAACAGUCAAUCAAAGGAGACACUGGCCAACAUACAAGAAAUGAUGACAACUGUAUAUAACAGUUUUUGGUGUGCACUCUACUGACGUUCCAAUGGAUUCUUGGCUCCCAGACUCCAGAGGAUGCUCAGACACUGAAGUUGGUUCCUAUAACCACAAUUUUUCUUUCCCGUCAAUUGAUCUACAAACAUCAAGACAACUGUUGAAACUUCAGAUGUACUUUCAUUUCAAUAAAGUAUCUGCAAGCUAAAA